AUGGCGGGAGGAGGAUCUAACGGUGGGAAAUGGGCGGGGAGGGGGAGGUUGACGCGACGGGCAAGGGAGGGCGACGGGAUUGGGAGGGGAGGGCGACGCGACGGGCAGGGGGAAGGGAGGCGACGCGACGGGCAGGGGAAGGGGAGGCGAACGCGACGGGCAGGAAGAGGGGAGGCGACGCGACGGGCAGGGGGAAGGGAGGCGACGCGACGGGCAGGAGGAGGGGAGGCGAACGCGACGGGCAGGAGGAGGGGAGGCGACGCGACGGGCAGGGGGAAGGGAGGCGACGCAACGGGCAGGAGGAGGGGAGGCGAACGCGACGGGCAGGAGGAGGGGAGGCGACGCGACGGGGAGGGGAAGGGGAGGGGUGGCGACGCGACGGGGAGGGGGGAGGGCGCGACGGGCAGGGGGAGGGCGCGACGGGCAGGGGGAGGGCGCGACGGUCAGGGGGGAGGGCGCGACGGGCAGGGGGAGGGCGCGACAGUGGGAGGGGGCCGGGCUAGGCGCGCGGUGCUGGGUGCUGGUGCUGCUGCUGGUGCUGCUGUUGCUGGUGCUGCUGUUGGUGCUGCUGCUGCUGGUGCUAGUGCUGUUGGUGCUGCUGCUGCUGGUGCUAGUGCUGUUGGUGCUGGUGCUGCUGGUGCUAGUGCUGUUGGUGCUGCUGCUGCUGGUGCUAGUGCUGUUGGUGCUGCUGCUGCUGGUGCUAGUGCUGUUGGUGCUGCUGCUGCUGGUGCUAGUGCUGUUGGUGCUGCUGCUGCUGGUGCUAGUGCUGUUGGUGCUGCUGCUGCUGGUGCUAGUGCUGUUGGUGCUGUUGCUGCUGGCAGUGGUAAAACGGCAGGGCUUGAAGCACUGGGAGGAGGAGCGAUGUCUUUUGGUGGUGGGAAUGGUGGUGGUGGGGAUGGUGAUGGUGGUGAUGGUGGUGGUGGGGGAUGGUGGUGGUGGUGA